AUGGCAAAAAAUUUGAAAGUUCUAAACCUCAGAGGUUGUGAAGGCAUAACUAGAACACCAGACUUCUCUGGAUGCUUGAGUCUAGCGAGGCUGAGUUUCUAUAAUUGCAUAAACUUGGUUGAAAUUGACUGCUUCAUUGGGAAGCUAAAGUGCCUGAUUCACCUAAAUCUUAAAGAGUGCAUUUUUGCCCGAAGAAAUCAGAAGGCUAAUAAAUCUGAAGCACUUUGCUUUUCCAGUGGAUGUUUUCAGAAGCUCCCAGAUUCAUUUGGGAAUUUGACAUCACUGAAGGAGUUGGAUCUGUCAAACAUACAAAUUGAAUGCCUUCCUGAGUCUAUUGGUGAUAAGAAGUUUCUAUCUGUCCUUAAUCUAAGGUACACACCAAUUAAGAAACUUCCAGAGACUAUUGGGAAGCUUGUGAGACUUGAGUCUCUUUCUCUCUUUGGGUGCUUAGAGUUGGAAAAACUCCCGGACUCAAUUGGGAGGCUAGAGUCUUUGCAGGAGUUGAAUCUAUCCAGUACUAAAAUUGUUGAGUUGCCAGAUUUGAUUGGAAAUCUGAAGAAGUUGAAAGUGAUAUUGAUGGAAAAUACUCCAAUAAGGAAAUUGCCCAGUACUAUUGGAAUGUUAAAGAAUCUGGAAGAGCUACAUGCUAGUGGUUGCGAAGAAUUAAGUGUUGAAAUUCCGAGUGAACUUGGUGCAUUGUCCUCUUUGAAAAUCCUUGGACUAUCAGAUGCCUAUAUUUCUGGAGUGCCGACGACAAUCAAUCAUAUUCCCGAGCUUGAAAGACUGGACUUGACAGGUUGUAAUGAUGUUCAAGAAUUGCCAGAGCUUCCAAAAAGUCUGAUCUAUCUGCAUUUUCAAUCAUCGGCAUUGCAGAUAGUUCCGGAUCUCUCAAACUUGACUAAUCUUGUCAAUUUGCUCUUAUCUGAUGGCUCUGAAGAUGUGCUUCAAGCUUCAUUGGAACUAUUGCCAAGUUCUAGCUUAGGGUGGAUUAGGUGGUUAUCCAAACCGAAGAAGUUGGAACUGUCCCUUUCUAAUAUCCCUGUACCACCGACUGAGUUACGACUUUCUCAAUCUCAGCUUCAAGAAAUUGAACUCAGUGGACUCGAACAACUGAAAGCAUUGACAGUGAGUAAAUGUGAACUCCUUGAGAGGUUAUUCAUCCUGGGAAGCUUAAAGAAGCUUAAAGAGUUGUGGGUACUAGAAUGUCCGAAGUUAGUUGAGAUUGAAGGUCUGGAGGCCUUAGAGUCCUUGGAAGAAAUAUAUGUACAGUAUUGUGAUUCCAUCGAAAGGUUAGACGGGCUAUCAAACUCAAAGUUGCUGAAGCUUUUGGAUAUAUCAGACUGCUAUGAGCUUCGUGCUGUUGAGGGCCUCAGCGGGUUAGAAUCUUUGAAUGCAUUACUUGUUCUUGAGUGCAGUUCACUGGAGAAACUAAUUAUUUCUUCAAGCUUAGAGAAGCUAAAACAGUUGGAGGUGUCAGGAUGUCCGAAGCUGAUUGAGAUUCCUGGUCUCGGUGCAUUGGAAUCAUUGGAGACUUUAGCCAUUGAAAAGUGUCGAUUCAUUAGCCAACUAUGUGAUUUAUCGAACUUGCAGAUGCUGAAGUCUUUGUCAAUCGACGGAUGCCAUAAGCUACGAGCUAUUGAUGGCAUUGACGAGUAA